AUGACAGACCAGCUCCCCCCUUCGGGCGACGAACCGGACCGCUCCGCCGGCUCGCUAGACCAAGCUAUCGAUGCGUCGCAACAGGCGCCCAAAGACCAAUCUACUUCGGAGAACAGUGCCCAAGCUGCAGACGAUGCCAAGGGCAGCAGUGAAGCAGCCCCAAAGGACGGUUCUCAGACCAACGUAGUGGACGAACGGGAGGCGCAACAGAAGGGCCAAGACACGCAGAAGAAUGAGGAACAAGACGACGACGAUGAUGAAGAUGAAGAGGAUGGUGAAGAAGAAGAGGAGGAGGAUGACGAGGAGGAUGAUGAUGAAGACAGCGACGAGGAUGAAGAGCCAGAGUUGAAGUAUACGCCGUUGACUCAACACCUCGCGGGUGUAUACAGGAAUGGGGAUGCGACGAGCGCAUUUCUUGUUGCUGGAGACAAGAUGAUUAUUGGUACACACAACGGCAACAUUCACGUCUACCAGCUUCCCACCUUCCAAUCUCUACGGGUCUAUCAUGCACACUCUGCCUCGGUGACGAGUAUUUCGAUCUCUCCCUAUCCCUCACCCCUGGCGCCUUACAACCCUGAGCUCCCUCAAAAGCUGGCCGCCCAGCAGCAGCAAGCCAGACCGAGUUCGCGCCAAUCAGAUGCAUCUCCCGCUGCCACAUCCAGGAAGCCGCGCGAGCCUCAACCGAUCCCAAAGAUACCAUCCAACGAGAUAUACAUUGCCACUUCAUCUAUGGAUGGAAAUGUGUGCGUACAGUCGUUGAUGGACAUGAGGGACGUUCAGCUACGUAACUUCGCCCGUCCAGUGCAGGCCGUUGCCCUGUCACCCGAAUACAAGUCCGAUCGCACCUAUGUGUCUGGAGGUCUGGCUGGUGAACUCAUAGUCACAGUGGGUGGGGGCUUAGGCAAGAGCACAUCCACAACCACUGGAACGGCUGCGGCGACAGCUGCUGGAUGGUUAGGGAGCAUGGGUCUUGGUUCCAACACUGGCAAGGAUACGAUUCAUCACUCAGGAGAAGGCACCAUCAGCACCAUCAAGUGGUCUCUGUCUGGAAAAUAUGUUGUUUGGCUUAAUGAGCAUGGAAUCAAGCUGAUGCGGUCAAACCUCCACCUUGAAAAUCCGCAAUCCAACCAUGCCUGGAAGAGGUUUGGCCACUAUGACCGACCACAGACUGACGAGUGGGAGACGAUGGCCAGUGUUUGGAAGGGCCGUGUGGAAUGGAUCGAUGAACAGGCCUUUGAGACUCGAGAAACAGAAACUGAGCUAACUGCAAACCCUACGGCAUCCCCGGCAGCCGACAGGCUGAGGAGCCAGGCGACCCAGGAUAGGAAGAAUGUGGAAAGACUUUUAGUUGGAUGGGGAGGAACAAUUUGGAUAGUCAACAUCCACCCCAUUGCAGCCAAUGCAGGCAGAAAUACGAAGGAAAAACAUCCUGCAAGACCCGAAAUCGUUAAGAUACUUCGCCUGGAUUGUAUCAUCUCCGGCAUUACAUUGUAUACGCAGAGCAUUCUGGCGGUACUUGCAUACUCGCAUGAUGAAGAUGACGACGAGGAUGAGGAUGAGUCGGUCCCAUCGGUACAGGGCAGCCCUGCCAGAGGCCACAAACAGCAAUUAUCUACGACAUCCAUGGGAAGCCAACCAUCAGGAGGCAUACGUCGGCGCGCAAACCACCAGCGCCCAGAAUUGCGGCUCAUCGAUCUCAACUCCCAGGAAGAGAUUGACCGAGACGGUCUGACCAUCAGUCGAUAUGAAAGACUUGCAGCAGGCGAUUACCACCUCGGCGUUCUACCUCCUCGAAAUGCAGCAGCAGUGGUGUCAUCUAGAGGUGCUCUGGAGGCCAUAGCUGGCAUUGGAACCGACGUUUGGAACGCCGCAAUCAACCCCAGGUCUUUGUUUAGCUCAGGGGCAAGUGUGAGAAGCCACGAAAGUGGCGAUGAUGCAGGCUCUGGUGGCAGGGUAGGAGGCAGUAUCAGAGGUCCCGCCCGGGCUGGUCAAAUUAAGCAGCUCGGUGUUCACCCGAAGUUGAUGAAACCUGGGUCUAAAAUCUUCAUCCACAGCCCUUAUGACUGCAUCCUGGCAACAAAGCGAGAUAUGGGAGAUCAUUUACUGUGGCUUAUCGAACGCCAGCAAUAUCAACAAGCCUGGGAACUUCUCGACGAGAACCCAGAUAUUCUAGCGGACACACCGGACAAGUUUACCGAUACGCCACAAACUCCUUCGAAAGCACAGGACAGCAUCGAGGAAUCCAACGACGACGAUUCUGUGGCCGAUUCAAGCUAUCGGCAAUCUCUCUCAAGUACUGAAAAGGAAAAGACUAGAGUUGGUGAGCUUUGGCUGCAACAGCUUGUUGAUGAAGGCAAAUGGCUUGACGCAGGAAGGCUUUGCAACAAAGUUUUGAAGACACCAAAGCAAUGGGAGUCAUGGUUUUGGACCUUUGCAGGAGCGAAGCGAUUUGAUGAGAUUACUAAUUUCAUCCCUUCGGAUCCUCUGACGCCCCCUCUUCCAAAGACCAUGUAUGAAGUCAUCCUUGGGCACUAUUUGCAGACGGACAAGCUUCGUUUCAAAGAGCUCUUAGACCACUGGUCCACUGAUCUUUUUGAUAUCAAUACCAUCGCUACCACUCUCGAGAAUCAGCUGAAGUUCCGCGAUGUACGCGAGGACAGCAUUGAGGAUGGGGAGAAAGGACGUGAUUGGCGAAUAGUCAUCGAAAGCCUGGCCCAUCUUCACGAGGCUAAUGGCCGCCUUCGGGAAGCGUUAAAGUGUUAUAUUAAGCUUCAAGAUGCUGAUUCAACGUUCCGAUUGAUCAAGGAUAGCCAUCUUGCGGACGCUGUCGUUGAUGAUAUUCCCGGUUUCAUUGGACUGCGAGUCUCAUCAGAGCAGCUCCCCACCAUGUCGGAGAAGGACUUGGAGGACGCAACGGGGGAGGCUAUUACUGUGUUGGUAGAGGAAGCGCAGCAUGGGUUGGUGAAGCCUCAUGUUGUGGUAGAGCAGCUACUUGCCCAGGAACUGCAUCUAUACCUUUUCUUUUAUCUGCGGGGCUUGUACCGGGGCGAAGGGCUACAAGAGCAUACCAGCGACCACGUCGAUCGGCUUGUCAUGGAUAGUCAGUCUUUGGUCGAUGACUUCGCUGAUCUGGCUGUCCACUUGUUUGCAACAUACGACAGGAGCCUGCUGAUGGAAUUCAUCAAGUCUUCAACCUCUUACUCUUUGGAAAAGGCUGUCGAAGAAUGCGAGUUGUUUUCCUACUAUGACGAGCUGGUCUACCUCUACUCCAAAACUGGAGAGAUGAAGAGGGCCCUCUACCUCAUCAUCGACCGACUCAAGAAUGUGCACAAGGCCAUCGAAUUUGCCAAGGAGCAGGACGACGCAGACCUAUGGGACGACCUGCUUAACUAUAGCAUGGACAAGCCGAGUUUCAUCCGCGGGUUGCUUGAGCAAGCAGGGACGGCCAUCGAUCCGAUUCGGCUUGUGCGACGGAUACCCGAGGGGCUUGAGAUCCAGGGCCUGCGUGAGGGUCUGACACACUUGAUGAAGGAGCAUGAAAUCCAGUACAGCAUAAGCUCGGGUGUGGCGAGGGUGCUACGUAGUGAGGUUGCAGCCGCCCAGUCGGCUCUUCGGGCAGGGCAGCGGAAGGGGCUUAAAUUCGAGGUGGACGUCCAGUCGAGUGACCACAUCGAUAUCGAAACGAAGGACCCCGGCGCCACCGAGAAGAAGAAGGAUGGUUUGGCAGAAGACGAUGCCCUGCCAGAACAUCACCACGAGAAACCCAAGCCCGGGCACUGCGCCCAGUGCCUCGAGCCCUUUGCGGAAUACGAGAUGGAGAUGUUGCUCGGGUAUUCUUGCGGCCACGUCUUCCACGUGAGCCAUCUUUUGGAUAUACUGCAAAAGGGACGCAGAGUAGAUGUAGACCUUGGUCCGGAUGCGGACCAGAGCGAGCGGUACAGCGUUGGCAGGAAGGUUAUGAGGGCGAGGCUGCUGCGGGACAAGGUGAGAGGCGGCUGCCCUCUUUGCCAUCCGCGCGAAACUUAG